AUGGAAAGUUAUAUCAUUGAACCUAAUAGAGGAAGACAAUUAAAAUAUCCACAGUAUUUUUUGGCUACACUAAAUACAAAAGUAGAUGUUAUGCUUCUUCCAACUGGAUAUAAUUCAAAUCAGCCUCCUUCUGAAAAAUUUUGUGAUUAUGAUCAAUGUUCAAUUUUAUUGGAUACUGAAAAUUCACAGCAGGCUUUAAUUUGUAAUUAUGUAUAUCAUAGUAAUUGUUUAAAAAUUUUAAAUUUCAUAUAUUUACCUUGUAUACGUUAUUUUUGUGAUAGAAUUAAAAAACUUUCUCAAAGUUUUAUGGAUAGAUUAUCAAAAGAGGUUUUGGAAAAUUCAGAAGAGGAGGAAGAAGCAAUUAUAAAUGAAAAUAACGAGAAUGAUGAUAUGUUUGAGAUGGAUAAAUUAGAUGAAAACUAUUUAGCACAAGAAAAGUUCUUUUAUUCAUUGUCUUUGUUUUGA